UUAAAACAAACGAUACCAAUUCGUGUACUCCUUUCGCUUUCCUAUUAGCAUUUUCAGGCAAUUAAAAAGGAUUUUUGACUAAAAACAAUGUGAAAAAUGUCUUCCGAGUGGAAUAUUAGCGGUUUGUGCCGCUGUUGUCAUACUGAGGGCAACGUACGAAGUCUCGGGGCGCCGUAUUCUUAUGAAGGAACCGAAGAGAUUUACUCUGUUAUGUUGCGAGAAGCCUUUAAUAUUAUUAUAACCCCCACAAUGGGAGAGAACAGUGCAUCUACAUACUGUAUCUGCGUCGCCUGCGCACCCCGGUUGCGCGAUGCCGUGCAGUUUCGGAGACAAGUCCUAGCUAGUGAAGAGAAGUUCGCCGAGUAUUACAGUAAAGGGUUUCCUACAUUCGAAAAUGACGUCAAAACUGAGGAUGAACCACGUGAAGUCGUUAAAGAAGAGGACCUUCAGAGCAUUGAUGACGUGGAAGAUAGCAUGGAUCACGAUGAUGACAAUCUACCCUCGAUGGAGAUAUUCAUUCAGCCGGUGAUGGACCUUGAGGACCAGCCACUCUCCGUGCUGGCAGCCAGCAAGAUCAAACACGAUCAAGAUGACAAUCCGACAUCGAGUAAGAAAAUCAAGAAGUUCCCCUGCACGUUUUGUCCGAAGACAUUUUCUUACAACGGCUCUUUAGAACUUCAUAUGAAGAUACAUAGCGGAGAAAAGACGUACCGUUGCCUGCUCUGUGACACCAGGUACGGACUCAACAGGGACUUAACCAAACACAUAAGCGAAUGCCACAAUGAAAGCGGGAAAUUCCCAUGCAAGUUAUGCACUGAAGUCUUCGAUAAACCGAAUAAAUUAAAAACUCAUCUAAACGGCCACUCCGAUCAGAAGUUCCGGUGCAGUUUCUGUGAGAAGGAGUUUCAACGGAAGAAAGGCCUGAAAGAACAUUUAAAAGUGCAUUCCGGUGAGAAGAAAUAUACAUGUGACAUUUGUAACAAGUCGUUUGGUCACAAUCAGACAUUGAAGUCACAUAUUUUGACCCACACCGGGGAACGGCCUUAUGUAUGUGAUGUAUGUGGCAGACGGUUUCCACAACGGACCCAUCUCAAAAGACACAUUUUCAUAAUACAUGCUGGAAUUAAACCGUACUCCUGCAACAUAUGCAGCAAACAGUUUUCAAGUAAAAGUUACUUAGCAAUCCAUGAAAGAGUUCACACCGGAGAGAAACCGUUCUCAUGUGACGUUUGCAAGAAGAACUUCACAGCGUACACAACUUUGAAGGUCCACAUGAGAGUUCAUACAGGAUUUAAACCGUACUCAUGCAGCUUUUGCUCAAGACAGUUCGCUCAAAUGGCAAGUUUCAAGUUGCAUGAACGGACCCACACCGGUGCUAAGCCGUACUCCUGUGAAGUUUGCCAGAAACGUUUCUCGGACAACGGGUAUUUAAAAAUCCAUAAAAGGAUACAUACAGAUGAGAAGCCCUAUUUAUGUGAAGUGUGUAAACGGUCGUUUAGGGAGACGGGGCAGUUGAAGAGACAUAUGCAAAUACACACCGGGAUCAAACCUUAUACAUGCAAAAUAUGUAACAAGCAAAUAGGUAACCUAUCUAAACAUAUGAAAGUACAUUCCGAAGAGAGACCAUAUAACUGUAAUGUCUGUCACAAGCAGUUUUCAAUCAACGGUAACUUAAAAUUGCAUAUGCGAAUACACUCCGGUGAAAGAUCAGUUACAUGUGACCAAUGUAACGGUCAUUUCAGUCAGAAUAGUGGAUUAAAAAAGCAUAGGUGUGGGCAGGGUAAGAACGAAUGAAAUGACAAUGGCCCUGAUUCCUGCAGACACCUCCUAAUUUUACUUUAAGUUAUACCCGUCAUUUUCUUAUCCGCCGAAAAGGAAAGGGACGGAUGAUUGACAGCUCUUAAUUAUAGGAAGAAUGAGUAAAUGGAUGAAUAACCCGGGCGAAUUAAAAAGGUAUCUCGCUGGUAUGCAAACCGUUUGACGUGUGCUGUUAACUUAAUUUUAUCGGAUUAUUAGCCAAUGCAAAAUGUUUAAAGGGUUGUUUUAGACUUGUGCUUAAAAUUUACGUGUGUUCCAUAAAUUUUAUGCUUGUCGAUUACCCGUUCUUUUCCUUUUCGGCGGAUAAGAAAAUGACAGGUAUAACUUAAAAUAAAAUUCGAUGGUGUCUACAGGAAUUAGCAGCGGUAUAACACUUUGAUAUUGCAGUUAAAUGCUGCGUAAAGGGUUGUAGUGUAAAAAUAUAACCAAAACAAUAAAUAUGUUGGUUUACUCAAAUAGUAUGGCGAACUGUCAAAAUUUCAACAAUAACUCAACAGUAGCGACACCUGAUGGGAGAAAUAGGCAGGUUUUAUCCUCAUUAGGUACCUAAUAGGUAAUUCUUCAAAUUCGUUUGAUCUUUGCUUGACUGUCAAAUACAUACAGGAUGUUAGUGACAUCGUAACGAAUACUGAGGGGGAUGAUUCAAACCAUGAUUCUGAGUUGAUAUCGAGUGGAAUUUCCUGUUGGAAAAUUUAUUAUUUCUUUUUUAUUUUGGUGCAAUAAAGUGUAUUUGUAUUGUAUUAUUUUUUUGUUUAUUAAAUUAUUUUCAGUUCCAUAUUUUGCGACGCAAAAUUCCACUUGAUAUCAACUGAGAAUCAUGUCCUGAAUCAUACCUAAGUUUUCAUUACGAUGUCACUAACACCUGUAUAAAAAUGUUUACCGCUAUUUAUUGUUAAGGCGGUAAUUGUAAUUAAUUUAUUAAAAAGGCAUUAUAUAUAACUAUUUAAUUUAACAAUUAAUUAUGUAAAAAGAAUAUUAAUGUAAUAAUUUUGAUAUAUGUUUCACAGAUAAAUAAUAUAUUUUUAAUAUACAAAGAAGUGAUUUAACUA